AUGGCUCUACCUUAUGGAGGCACAAGGAACCAUGAGUUGAAAGUCUCUCAGGACACCCUGGACGAGGCAGUACAAGAAGUCUUGCACAGGAACCAGCACAAGCACCGGAAGUUUUUGGAAAUGGUGGAGGUGCAGAUCAGCUUGAAGAACUAUGACCCUCAGAAGGACAAAAACUUCUCUGGCACCAUCAGGCUUAAGUCCACCCGCCACCCCAAGUUCUCUGUGUGUGUCCUGGGGGAACAGCAGCACUGCGAUGGGGCCCAGGCUGUGGACAUCCCCAACAUGGACACUGAGGUGCUGAAGAAAGUCAAAAACAAGAACCUGGCCAAGAAGUAUGAUACCUUUUUGGCCUCAGAGUCUUUUAUCAAGCAGAUCCCACAAAGCCUUGGCCCAGGCCUAAAUAAGGCUGGCAAGUUUCCUUCCCUGUUGACACACAAAGAAAACAUGGUGGCCAAAGUUGAUGAGGAGAAGUCCACAAUCAAGUUCCACUAUGCCACGCGACCGGAGCGGACGCCGCUACAGAUGCAUCUUCCCCACAAACAACGUGGUUUCAGGUUUGAGCGCCUGGUUCGGACCCGAACACCUGGGUUCGAGUGCUAG